AUGAAGGACCCGUCAGCGAAGAGGAAGGUGGUUGUACGCCACUUGCCGCCUUCUCUUUCUCAGUCCGAUCUCUUAUCUCAGAUCGACCCUCGUUUCGGUGAUCGUUACAAUUGGGUUUCCUUUCGCCCUGGAAAGUCCAGCUUUAAAACUCAGAAGUAUUCACAGGCCUAUUUUGGUUUCAAGGCACCUGAAGAUGUUUACGACUUCGCUGCUUUUUUCAACGGCCAUGUUUUUGUUAAUGAAAAGG